CGCAAUCUCAUUGCUGUUGUUUUCUGCCUGUUUUACUCGGCGCCGUGUGCCAUCUUAUCUAUCUGUCCGUGCUUUGAGUGGCUGGUGGUCGGGCGAUUGCCAUCAUGACGCGAACCGUCGUGUACGGCAGCGCGCUUGUCGCUGUGGUUGCGGCAACCGCCAUGACCCUCACCGCAAUCCUCUCCCCGCGCUGGGUCUCGUACACGGUCGCGGCCCCCGCGGGCGGCACCGUCACCGACACCAUCGGGCUGCAUCACCGCUGCGCCUCGUCGACGGGCCGCUGCUUGCCCUUCCCCGACGAGGCGCGCUGCCAGGCCGGCGGCAGCGAGGGCCGCGCCUUCUGCUCCAUGUGGCGCUCCGCCGGCUUCCUGAUGAACUUGGCCGCCGUGGCCGAGCUGGCCACCGUCGUCGGCUUCCUCGCCGUCAUGGCCGGCGGCAAGGUCAAGCGCCAGGGCGGGUGGAAGGUGCUCGGCGGCAUGCUGGGGGCCGUCGCUGCGGCCGAGUUGGUUGCGAUGGCUGUUGUGGUGAGUUGUUGUCUUUGUCUAUUUCUGUUCCUGUUCUGUUACCUCACUCCGGUAGUGUUGAGAAGCGCGGCUGACGGGAUGAAGGCGUACCUCUUCGAUCAUAACGAGUUGUUUCUGGUGCCAGGGUACCGGCUGGACUCGUCAUGGUACCUGUGCAUGCUCAGCGCGGCCGUGGCGCUGCUGGCCGCCGCUGGACUGGCCAUCUCGGCUUUUGUCUUGCCGCCGGAGGAUGGAUACCAGCUAUUGAGCGAUCCGAGCGGAGUCUAAGGCCGUGUACCGUUCGUCUCUGGUUUAUGUUCUCGAGUUUGGCGGCACUGUCUCAUCUUUCUGGUUUACGGUCGGCGUUGACAGGGUGAGGAACGUACUAAGUAUCAAGCUGUAAAUGCUCCAACUA